CCCUCUUGCUCAGUGUUGAUUGCCUCAAAGAUGGUGCGACCUCACCAAAUAGCCUCUUGGAACACAUGGGAGGUCAGGCCAGCUCCAUCAAGACUUAGACAAAUGAAUAUAUUGAUGGUGCCAUCUCUCUCUGCCCUAGGAAGCAACUCCCCUUACAGAGAAAAACUUAUCUACAGUUGAUUCCCUAAGUACUUGGGAAGAUAGGUGUCAACCCUGGAACCCAGACCCUUAAGUGGAAGGAAACUGCUUUGUGCUGUGAAAGAUGGCCAAACCCACUUUGCGAGAGAAUGGCACCAACUCUGAAGGUUUUCGCCAGCGCUUCAGGAGGUUCCACUACCAGGAGGUGGCUGGUCCCCGGGAGGCUUUCAGUCAACUGUGGGAACUUUGUUGUUCCUGGCUAAGGCCAGAAGUGCGCACCAAGGAGCAGAUUGUAGAAUUGUUGGUGCUAGAGCAGUUCCUGACCAUCUUACCUGGGGAGAUCCAAAAGUGGGUCCAGGAACAAUGUCCAGAGAGUGGAGAGGAGGCAGUGACUCUGGUGGAAGAUUUAGAAAGAGAACCUGGACGACCUGGAUGUUCGGUCACAGUGUCUGUGAAGGGGGAGGAAGUGUGCCUGGAGAAGAUGAUACCCCAGAAAUCAUCACGAGAUUUAUUAAGUAUUCAGCAGAAAUCAGUGGAACCCCAGCCCAGCGGUGGACCCAAGAAAGAGAGGGCAAGAAGCCCAGAUCUGGGACUACAGGAGCAGAUGAACCCAAAGGAGAAUCUCAGGCACUUUGAAAGGAGUGAAUUUCCAUUUCCUAAAUCUGGUGUGGUCUGUAAGUUGGAACAAGGUAAGCCAUGGAUUCCCAAUCUGGGCUUCAAGGAGAAAGAAGUCCCAAGAGGCAGCCACACAGGAGAUAGACGAGUGCAUGCUGACUUAUUGCCAUCCAAAAGAGAAAGGAGAAACUGGAUGGAGCAGGAUCACUGGGGCUUUGAGGAUGAGAAAGUGGCUGGUGUGCACUGGGGCUAUGAAGAGACCAGAACUCUCCUUGCAAUUCUAAGCCAAACUGAACUUUAUGAGGCCCUUCGAAACUGUCACAGAAACAGCCAAGUGUAUGGGGCUGUGGCUGAGAGACUACGGGAGUAUGGCUUCCUCCGGACCCUGGAACAGUGUCGGACCAAGUUUAAAGGUCUUCAGAAGAGUUAUAGGAAAGUCAAGAGUGGCCAUCCACCUGAGACCUGCCCUUUCUUUGAAGAGAUGGAAGCCCUGAUGAGUGCUCAGGUCAUUGCCCUGCCCAGUAAUGGCCAGAAAGAGGCAGCCUCUCACUCUGCUCAGGUGGGCAAUGAUAUUGAAUCUAAAGUGCCUCACCAAGGGGGUUGGCAGCAUGAGGAGGAAGCAGAAGAGACUCAGGCUGAGGAGUCUGACAGUGAUGAAAUGGACCUAGAGGCCACCUCACAGGACCCUAAUGACUCAGCUGUACCUGUCAUGUUCCGAAGUCCAAGUGGUGUACACUGGGGCUAUGAAGAGACCAAGACUUACCUUGCAAUUCUUAGUGAGACUCAAUUUUAUGAAGCCCUCCGGAACUGUCACCGAAACAGCCAGUUAUAUGGAGCAGUGGCUGAGAGGUUAUGGGAAUAUGGCUUCUUCAGGACCCCAGAGCAGUGUCGGACCAAGUUUAAAAGCCUACAGACCAGCUACCGGAAGGUCAAAAAUGGCCAAGCACGAGAGACUUGCCCCUUCUUUGAAGAAAUGGAUGCUUUGGUGAGUGCCCAGGCUGCUGCUCCACAGACUGAUGGCAAAGAGGAGGAAACAGCUGCUUGCCCUAUCCAGGGGGACGGUAGUGCUGAAGCUGAGAUGCAAGCUGUGGACACAGAAGAGGCCAUAGAGGAAGAUUCUGAUGACAAUGAAGAGGGUAUUGAGAUACCCCCAGGGACUGUCUUAACCCGUGCUCCAGUCUUAUUUCAAAGCCCCAGUGGUUUUGAGGCUGAAUUUAAGAAUGAAGAGAAUACAAAACAGGAUAUUUCUGAGGAAGUACAGCUGCACAGAACAUUAGUUGCAAGACCUGAGAGGAAAAUUUCCUGUCAUUUUAAUCAAAGUAAAGGCAAUGAGAGUGACUAUAGACCAGGAAGACAGUGUGAAAAGAUCCCAGGGGAGAAAAGAGGAACCGAGAGUUUAGGUAAAGUCCAAAGUCAUCAGAGACCAUACUUGGGAGAGACACCCUAUAAAUAUCUCAGAUGUGGCAAAAGCUUUGGCCCAAACUCCUGUCUUAGGCAUCAGGUAGAAAAUCCAUACAAAUGUGCUGACUGUGGAAAAACCUUCAGUGGGAGUGCACGCCUGAUCAGACACCAAAGAAUCCACAUUGGGGAGAAGCCUUACAAGUGUCUUGACUGUGGGAAGUGUUUCCGUGACAGUUCAAAUUUCAUCACCCAUAGAAGAAUCCACACAGGAGAGAAACCUUAUCAGUGUGGUGAGUGUAGGAAACAGUAGAGCUCAAGCCUUAUAAUUCAUCAGAGAACUCACACAGGAGAAAAGCCUUAUCAGUGUGAAGAGUGUGGAAAAAGUUUCAGUAACAGUUCUCACUUCAGUGCACAUGGAGAGAGAUGCCAUGUGUGUCCUGACUGUAGAAAGAGUUUCAGUAAGAGUUGUGACUUACGUGCACAUCAUAGAACCCACACUGGAGAGAAACCCUAUGGAUGUCAUGAUUGUGGCAAGUGCUUUAGUAAAAGCUCUGCCCUUAAUAAGCACCAAGAAAUCCAUACACAAGAAAAGCUUCUGUCAUAGUUAGUACCUGAAAAGCCCUCAAAGGAAAGAGCCUCAGUCUUAAUAUUAUUUUAUUUGGAAUGUGUUCCAAAAGUGACAGGUACCCAGCUGGCUUAGGAAGUACUCCUUAGAAUUUAUGCUAGUGUGUGUUUCUUAUGCUCUUCCUGGACCUAGAGUCAAAUUCUCAAGGCAGUCAUUUUAAGAAUGAAAAGAUUAGCUGGGCAUGGUGGUGCAUGCUUGUAACCCUAGCACUUGGGAGGCUGAGGCAG